UCAUGAAUGGGACGUGGGACCAGUUUUCGAUGGUGGCCCGCUUAUGGACUGCAGAGUUGCAGAGGCCGCCCUCUGGGGUUCCUCCCAUGUGUGACCACUACUACAUGGAAUGGUUCAACCGGUAUUCAGACCUGAGGUUGAUCGCAGAUCUCGACCACAGCGAUGAUGAUUAUGUGCCACCGCCUACUGCCAUGGAAGCGUGGAUGGGAAAGAUAAUGCAGGACGUACAGAAACUCUCUCUGGAGAAGGACAACAUGAGUGCAACAGUGAGAGCUGUUGUUGAUAGUCUGGAACAGACCCUUGCGCAUUAGGAGUCGGCGUCGAGGAGGGAUUACUGAUGG